AUGGACGCCGUUAAAUAUGUCAUCUUCGACUUAUUAACUGUAGGCAGCGAGGCCACGAUCCUCGAGUGGGCGAUCGCAGAGUUGAUCAAGAACCCAGAGGUGAUGCAAAAGGCGACCGUCGAGGUCCGACGUGCCUUCGAGGCCUGCGCCACAGUAGCGGAACAUGCUCUGGGCGAGCUUUCGUACAUGCACCUAGUCAUUCGGGAGACGCUGCGGCUGCACACGCCCACACCGCUGCUCGUCCCAAGGGAGUGCCGAGAGCCAUGCCAGGUGCUCGGGUAUGAUGUGCCACAGGGCACGCAGGUGCUGGUCAAUGCCUGGGCGUUGGCCCGUGACAAGCAGUAUUGGCCGGACGCGCCGGACGAGUUUCACCCCGAACGAUUUGAGGGUGAGGCGACAGCGGUGGACUUCAGGGGCACCGACUUCUCCUUCGUGCCGUUUGGCGCCGGCCGUAGGAUGUGCCCUGGGAUAGCGUUUAGCCUCGCCGACAUCGAGCUUGCUCUAGCAAGCCUGCUAUUCCACUUUGACUGGGAGGGUCCACCUCCGGAUGAGCUCGACAUGACCGAAGAGUUUGGCAUCACGGUGCGCCGGAAGGCCGGCCUCGUGCUGCGCCCUGUCCUCCGAGUGCCCCUACCUGGAGUGAGCAAUGGAGAUGCUUAG